UAGCAGAAAACGCCAAACCAAUCGUAGGUCUGGACACACUCAUCUCUGGAGGGCAGCUAUGCAACUCACCCUGCUGUGCGCCGCCGUGUGUCUGCUGCCCAGCAGCCUGGCCCUGCCGCUGCCCAGGGAGGCAGGAGGCAUGAGUAAGCCGCAGUGGGAACAGGCUCAGGACUAUCUUAAAAGAUUUUAUUCCUACGACUCGCAAACAAAAAUUGCCAACAGUUUAGAAGCCAAACUCAAGGAGAUGGAAAAGUUCUUUGGCCUGCCUAUAACUGGAGUGCUAAGCCCCCGCAUCAUAGAAAUAAUGCAGAAACCCAGAUGUGGAGUACCAGAUAUUGCAGAAUACUCACUAUUCCCAGAAAACCCAAAAUGGACUUCCAAAAUAGUCACCUACAGGAUCGUAUCAUAUACCCGAGACUUAUCAUCUUUCGCAGUGAAUCGAUUAGUAGAAAAGGCUUUAAACAUGUGGAGCAAAGAGAUCCCACUGCGUUUCAAGAAACUGCGGUGGGGAAUUGCUGAUAUCAUGAUUGGCUUUGCCAGAGGAGCUCACGGGGACCCCUACCCAUUUGAUGGUCCAGGAAACACGCUGGCUCAUGCCUUUGCACCUGGGCCAGGCCUCGGAGGAGACGCUCACUUUGAUGAGGAUGAACGCUGGACUGAUGGCAGCAGUAUAGGAAUUAACUUUCUAUAUGCUGCAACUCAUGAACUUGGCCAUUCUUUGGGUAUGGGCCAUUCCACUGACCCUAAUGCCGUGAUGUAUCCAGUCUAUGGAAGUGGAGAUCUCCAAAAUUUUAAACUUUCACGUGAUGACAUUGAAGGCAUUCAGAAACUAUAUGGAAAGAGAAAUCAUUGAAGAAAGAACUAGAAACUUCCAGGAGAACAUCCAUUUAUUCAUUGAAUUCUGUAUCAUUGUUCCCCAACCAGAAUUGAUAAACACUAUUCCUGUACUCCCUUUAGCACUUACUUCAUCCUUUCUUGUCUUGCGGUUGGGUUUUGCAUGGAUCUUUCCCUCUGAGGACAAACUCCUUUAUGG